AUGAGCGGCGCGCAGCCAUGGAAAACAAAGCGCCACGCUUCUCCAACUCUGCUGGCCAAGCUCCAAAAAGAAAUGGAGAAAUGCCAGGGAAGUCUGACUCUUUCGCAAAACAGCCUUAGCAACUUCCUGAACCUGAAAGACAGGUCAUCCGAGCCUUUGCCGACCGAUGAGGUGCAGAUCCCUGCCCAGGACAGUCUUCGCAUGAAUCCUGACAUCCAUCAGCUGAUGAGCAACCUCAAAUGGGUCCCUUUGGAAACCGAUGAGGUGGCCGCCGAAAGCGGCUACAAUGCCUGGAAGUUGCCAUGGGAUGCCAGCAUCGCCUGGACUGACGCCAUCAUGCGAGCAGCCUGCGGUGGCAGUGAUGGACUGCUGCCCUGUGGUGGCGCUGCUGCGGCAGGCAAGACUUGCCACGGCAACCUCGCCACAGCACCGAAAAAAAUCGUGGCGGUGCAGGGAUGCACAGCAACGCUGUGGCUUUGCCACAGCAACGGGCGCCUUGCUGCAGCAAUCCGUUGCCUCCCACGCGGUUGGGCUUUGCCAUGGCUUCGGGCAAGCUCACUUCCCGAAGUGCACGUUGAUGGUUAG